GUAUUGAGCUAGCGAGCGUGCGUGCAGCUGCCGCCGCCGCCCCGAGCACCCGCAGCUCCGGUGCCGCGGCGAGACCCGGGAGAGACUGACGGACCCACGGACCCUCGCAGCCUCAGCAUCCCGGAAGAGAACAUGCUUGCCAAUUCAGCCAGCGUGCGGAUUCUCAUCAAGGGGGGCAAGGUGGUGAACGAUGACUGCACCCACGAGGCUGACGUCUACAUUGAGAACGGCAUCAUCCAGCAGGUGGGCCGUGAGCUCAUGAUCCCCGGAGGGGCCAAGGUGAUCGAUGCCACCGGGAAACUGGUGAUCCCUGGCGGCAUCGACACCAGCACCCACUUCCACCAGACCUUCAUGAAUGCCACGUGCGUGGACGACUUCUACCACGGGACCAAGGCAGCGCUCGUUGGAGGGACCACCAUGAUCAUCGGCCACGUCCUGCCUGACAAGGAGACCUCCCUCGUGGAUGCUUAUGAGAAGUGCCGGGGCCUGGCCGACCCCAAGGUCUGCUGUGACUACGCCCUCCACGUGGGGAUCACCUGGUGGGCACCGAAGGUGAAAGUAGAAAUGGAGACAUUGGUAAGAGAGAAGGGUGUCAACUCAUUCCAGAUGUUCAUGACCUACAAGGACUUGUAUAUGCUUCGGGACAGUGAGCUGUACCAAGUGCUGCACGCUUGCAAAGACAUCGGGGCGAUCGCCCGAGUCCACGCUGAAAACGGAGAGCUCGUGGCCGAGGGUGCGAAGGAGGCGCUAGAUUUGGGCAUCACAGGCCCAGAAGGAAUUGAGAUCAGCCGCCCAGAAGAGCUGGAAGCUGAAGCCACCCACCGAGUUAUCACCAUUGCAAACAGGACUCACUGUCCCAUCUACCUGGUCAACGUGUCCAGCAUUUCGGCCGGUGAUGUUAUUGCAGCUGCUAAGAUGCAAGGGAAGGUUGUGCUGGCUGAGACCACCACCGCACAUGCCACGCUGACGGGCUUACACUACUACCAUCAGGACUGGUCCCACGCAGCCGCCUACGUCACCGUGCCUCCCCUGAGACUGGACACCAACACCUCAACCUACCUCAUGAGCCUGCUGGCCAAUGAUACUCUGAACAUUGUGGCAUCAGAUCACCGGCCUUUCACCACCAAGCAAAAAGCUAUGGGCAAGGAGGACUUCACCAAGAUCCCGCACGGAGUGAGUGGCGUACAGGACCGCAUGAGCGUCAUCUGGGAGAGAGGCGUGGUGGGAGGAAAGAUGGAUGAGAACCGUUUCGUGGCCAUCACCAGUUCCAAUGCCGCGAAGAUUCUCAACCUGUAUCCCCGCAAGGGCCGCAUCAUCCCGGGGGCCGACGCCGACGUGGUGGUGUGGGACCCAGAAGCCACAAAGACCAUCUCAGCCAGCACCCAGGUGCAAGGGGGAGACUUCAACCUGUACGAGAACAUGCGCUGCCAUGGCGUGCCGCUCGUCACCAUCAGUCGAGGGCGGGUCGUGUAUGAGAACGGUGUCUUCAUGUGCGCCGAGGGCACUGGCAAGUUCUGUCCCCUGAGGUCCUUCCCAGACACUGUCUACAAGAAGCUGGUCCAGAGAGAAAAGACCUUAAAGGUUAAGGGAGUGGACCGCACUCCCUACCUGGGGGAUGUCGCUGUGGUCGUGCAUCCUGGAAAAAAAGAGAUGGGAACGCCACUCGCAGAUACUCCUACCCGGCCCGUUACCCGACACGGGGGCAUGAGGGACCUUCAUGAGUCCAGCUUCAGCCUCUCUGGUUCUCAGAUUGAUGACCAUGUUCCAAAGCGAGCUUCGGCUCGGAUCCUCGCUCCCCCCGGAGGCAGGUCAAGCGGCAUUUGGUAAAGGCACCAACAAGCCCCCCGCAAGUGAGGAUGCACCGCUGCCACCAGCCCGCGCGCCCUCCAGCCGCAGCUGCAGG